UAAAGUGUGUCACAAUAUAACAAUCCAACACUGAACAAGUAAACCUUGCAAGGUUUCACCACGUCAUACUAUGGUAUAAGGUCUGUUAGAGGUAUUUCUGAUUCAAAUGCCUGCUGAGAUGAUGACAACCAUCCUGUCUUUAAGAUAACUUGGUGUCAAAACACCAUUCAGGAGGAUCAUAUACACAAGGGCUUAAAAGUGCAGUGCCCAAUAGAGUUUUAAAAUAUGUAUUGCCUGUAAUAUUUUAUCAGAGUAACCAAAAAAAAAAAAAAAAUGAACAUGAAGAAAAAAACUAAACUGAAGUGACAAAGGGGCAAGUAGUUUUCAAACUAUGAAUUCCUUUAUAUGGCAUUCAAUGAUGCACUGUCACACUAACUCCUUUGCAGACUUUUUCUAUUUUGUAAAAAUAUUAUGACAAUUGUACUUGGAACACUCGAACAAGCCAGGGACACAGAAUAGUUUUAGGAUUACGUAUUAUGGCUGAAAAAAAUAGGAAUGCCGCGCAGAUUAAGUUAAUAAUGAAUUAUAUAACCGUGCAAACUGCCUGAUACGAUACAGUGUAUACAAUAUUAUUAACAUAAGCAACAUAGCACCUCCGAAGGUAGGUAAUAGACCUUGGUCUUGCUACUUCUCCGAAAGCAAAGAAACUUGAAACCGCGGCAACAGACUUGACUGGCAUUUACAAAGGCCAAUGAAACGUUAGAAUCAUAUAAACAAUUAACUGUCACCAGAGCACAAAUGCCAAUCGUCGUUGCAGAAGUGGGAUGGACAACAGUCUCUACCUACCCUUAUAGCAUUUAAGGGUGGUGCCAAUUUGUUAAACAGGCAACAAAAUUAACCAAUUACAUAUGAAAUAUAUAUGAUUGACGUCAACUUUAGCAAGUAAUCUAUCAGAAAUGGGUAAACAAUGUUGAGAAGUUGUGGGAAAUAAGCCAAUUGCCAACCAGGGGGCGUUUCCACAGAGAUUAUUAUUUAUUUAUUUAUUUAUUUAUUUUUUAACCCAGUUGGGUGAAUACAAGAUGAAAAAGAAGGAGGGUUGAUUGUUGAGCUUGUUCGAAUUUGCAUUCUCCUUUUCGGGAUAUGUGUUUUAUUUUUAUUUUUUAAAAGCCGUUAAGUUAUUAUUUACAGAGGGUGUUUUAAAAGUCAGUCAGUGUGGUAGGUGGUAUAUGCAGGCGAUUGCUUUUUAAUUGAAACUGCUGAUAAUGCAGAAGUAACGAUUAUGUAGUGGAAGUACUAGGAUAGGGAUUAACUGUAUGAUGAGAAGGUAGGUAAGUACUGUGUUUUAACUGUUAUUCAUACAGUAGCUUUUCAUAUUUUCAUAUUGAAGCAGGUGUUCAAAAGUUGUGUUAUACGGAGAUAUUGUAUUACUAUUUGUGAAAUGCCAGCGGUGUUUGUCAUAUGUGAAUAUAAAAUAUGAAUGGGGUAGCCCCAACAAUAUGCCCACAGGCUGUGUUAUUUUCUGAUUCUGCUCAUUUUGUAUAUAUUUAUUUUUAACAGCAUAAAUAAUAUGGGUAACUACGUGGUUUUAAUUUAGUAUGUUUCCCAGAUUGCUUUGUUUAGUUUAAGUGUUACUUAGUAUUUAUUUACAUACUGUACAGUCAGAUCUCGUCGUUAACCCAAACCGUCAGUGAUAGGAUCUCUGAUUUGAAAUGAAUUGAAAUUUUGAGAAACAAUUUAUAUGGUGUUAAUAAAUAAACAAAGGAAAACGGCGAUUGAAAGGGCGAAACUGUCUACUGUUAUGUUCCAGUAUAGUUAUUUUCCAGUUAAGUUUGUGUUAAAAAAAAAAAAAAAAAAAAAAAGUCAUGUAAAGAAAUAGCUCCUGUACUGGAUGUAUACAGUAUUGCUCAAGUAAUACAAAGUUAGUGCAAUGUCAAGACAGGGCAUGACCGUGUCACCGUGGGCUAGUCAAGCCAAGCUCUCUACGAGUUAAAAUUAAAUUAAAUUAAAUAAAACAAACAAACAAACAAAAAACACUUUCGUAUUGCAUUAUUCAGUUAUUUGUUUACAUUUUCACGAUGUCUGGUUUUUUUAGGUUGAUGAUACCACGUCAUUUAACCGAAGAGGAAUAACUACAUAAAUGCAAAUUCCUUUCACAGCCAUGCGGGCUCCUGUCAAACUUGACUGUCAUCAGAACAAAAUGCGUUUCUUCUCGCAUCUGCUUUAAUCAUGAAAAUAGAAGGCAUGCCACCUCAGCAGGAAACCCAGCUGCGCUAGGAUUUUGUUUUUACAAUACAUUUUUUUUGUCAUGUGUGUGAAGAAAAUUGAGGAUCUCUGUAAGCAUUAAAAAUUCAACACCAGAAAACAAAAGAAUAUUCCUGAAAAGCACAGUUCAUCGGUAAACAUGGCUUCUGUGUGGAAAAGAUUGCAACGUGUAGGGAAACAUGCAUCGAAGUUCCAGUUUGUGGCUUCGUACCAGGAGCUGAUGGUGGAAUGUACAAAGAAAUGGCAACCUGACAAACUAGUAGUGGUUUGGACCCGAAGAAGCAGGCGGAAAUCUUCCAAGUCCCACAGCUGGCAACCUGGUAUUAAAAAUCCUUACCGGGGUGUUGUUGUAUGGCCAGUUCCAGAGAACAUUGAGAUCACUGUGACACUUUUUAAGGAUCCUCAUGCAGAAGAGUUUGAAGACAAAGAAUGGACAUUUGUCAUAGAGAAUGAGUCCCCAUCUGGUCGCCGCAAAGCCCUUGCUACAAGCAGUAUCAACAUGAAACAGUAUGCCAGCCCUAUGCCUACACAGACGGACGUGAAGUUGAAAUUCAAGCCAUUAUCUAAAAAAGUGGUUGCUGCCACACUGCAGUUCUCUUUGUCUUGCAUUUUCCUGAGGGAGGGAAAAGCAACGGAUGAAGACAUGCAGAGUUUGGCUAGCCUGAUGAGCAUGAAGCAGGCUGACAUUGGCAAUUUGGAUGACUUUGAGGAGGAAAAUGAAGAGGAUGAAGAGAACAGAGUAAAUCAAGAAGAGAAGGCAGCACAAAUUACAGAAAUAGUAAACCAGUUGAAUGCCCUCAGCAGCUUAGAUGAAGACCCAGAUGACUGCUUAAAGCAAGCAAAUAAGCCUUCCGCUAAAUCAGCCAGUUCUUCUGAAGAACUCAUCAGUAAACUUAAUUUUCUGGAAGAGGAUGACCAAGACAUGUCGAAUAUGGAUCCGAAUCCGUUUGGCAAUCAGGAUGAACCAGGAUUAAAUCCAUUUGGCGAUCCUGAUGAAGAAGACUUUACUGAACCAGCUACCAAGGUUGCUGUUCCACUCAAAGAAGAAGAACUGUACUGUGAUCACGGUUCUUCCAAUCCCUUCAAUGAGACAGAGACAGAGACGAAGACAGACACAGUGCAGUACAGCAACCCGUUUGAUGAGCCUGAUCUUGAACCUGAACCAGACAGAACGAAGGAAACACAGAUAGAGCAGUCCCCACCAAGACCAACAAGGAUGAAAAAUGUCCGACCCAUUGACAUGAGCAAAUACCUUUAUGCAGACACAACCAAAAACGAGGAGGAAGAGCUGGAUGAGUCUAAUCCAUUUUACGAACCAAAGACCUCUCCUUUGAGUGGCCAGGCUGCUUCUUUACAAGAAAGUGAUGUGGACAAAAGGGCUAAGAGGAAGGCACCAGCCCCUCCGAUCCCCACCCCAAAGAUACACCCUGAAAGGACUGCAAAAUUACCUGCUGCUGUUGGGAAGGAGCUUGCAUCUUCACCAAAGUCAAGCCUGGUCCCGAGCCCUGUUCUGGGGAAGAAGCCAAAUGCCAGUCAAUCACUGCUUGCAUGGUGCAGAGAGGUUACAAAAAACUACAGAGGGGUGAAAAUUACCAACUUCACCACGUCGUGGAGAAAUGGCUUAGCUUUCUGUGCGUUAUUGCACCACUUCAGGCCCAAUCUCCUUGACUACAAGUCCCUGAAUCCUCAAGAUAUUAAAGAAAACAACAAAAAGGCUUACGAUGGCUUCGCCAGCCUUGGGAUCUCUCGGUUGCUGGAGCCCUCAGAUAUGGUGCUGCUGGCCAUUCCAGACAAGUUAACUGUAAUGACCUACCUUUAUCAAAUAAGGGCUCAUUUCAGCGGUGAAGAGCUGAAUGUGGUGCAAAUAGAGGCAAACAGCAGCAAAAGCACCUACAAAGUGGGGGACUUUGAAACAGACACAAACAGCUCCAUCGAUCAAGACAAGUUCUAUGCUGAGCUUAACGAGGUGAACCGGGAGCAAGAGGCACUGCCGUCGAACGGUGCAGAGGCAGAAGUUUCUGCUCAGGAAGAGUCUGUGUUUUUCAGCAACAGUGCUGUCAGUGAGUUAGAAAACGAGUGCCAGACUGCUGAUGCCACUCUGAGCCCUGUCAUGGCAUUACCACCCUCACAUAGGACAGAAGAUGACACUGAUCCUCCAAGACCUCAUCCAAGCACUACUGGAAAUUCUGCAGCCGAGGACCUGUGUAAAUAUGACAGUACAGAUAUAGCACAAGCACAGCCAUCAUUUGGCAAAAUGAGACUGCUGAAAGCAGACACUUUAGACUUGAGUGACUUACAGUAUGUCAGUGAUCAAAAGGAUGCAUCUCCAGUGCUCUUCUGUGAAGUUCCUGAAAAGGAGAGACGUUCAAGAAAUGCCAGCAGCUGCUCUGAGCAGGAGAGCCCCAGGCUUCAGGGAGUAAUGGAGGCCCGGAGCCCAGAACCCACAUCCCUUGUCAAGAGGGCAGUGCCCUCUCCCUCUCACAAGCUUGGGUUCUCUUACAACAGGGACGCCGACCUCAUCAAGAAAAAGCGUGCCACUCUGAGGCAGUCUGAAUCCGAUGCCACUUCAGGUGCCGGUUUAGCUCUGAACCAUGCAGAUCACUCAGUAAAAACUGUGCAGAUUACCUGCACCCAGCAAUCAGAUGUCACUGAAGAAAAGAUAUUAUCCCGACAAGAGGAGCUUAAAGAGAGGGCAAGGCUUCUGUUGGAGCAAGCAAGGAGAGACGCAGCUUUGAAAGCAGGAAAUAAACAAGUGACGACCAAUUCAUCCACACCAACCCGCAGCAAGCAACUAACUGAUCAGCAAGAUGAAGAGCGACGUCGUCAGCUGAGGGAGAGAGCUCGACAGUUAAUAGCAGAAGCUCGAUCUGGUGUGAAGAUGUCAGAACUUCCCAGCUACAAUGAAAUGGCUUCAGAGAAGUUGAAAGAAAGGUCAAAGGCAUCUGGAGAUUUUGGUGAUGAGGAUGGCGUUGAUCAUGGUGAGGAUGAUGAUCAUAAUGUAGAUACUAAUGAUGAUGAGGUUAGCCCUGUGUGCUCCUACACAGGAGAUGGAGAUGAAUUUACUAACCUAAAAGGGGGCCUUGCUUCUCUUGGUGGACACAACAGCAAGCAUGUGGAUCUGAAGCUCAAGAAACUCCUGGAGGCUUGUCCGCAGGUAGUAAAUACUCUCUCGACCGAUGCUGCACAGAAAGUCACUGAUGAUGGUACAGAACAGGAAGAACUUAAGAACAAUGCAGAAGAUAAUCGUACCGAGAGACUGCGAAAAGCAACAGAACGGCUGCGAAGUCCUGUAAUGUUUAAUAAGGACUCCACAGUGAGGAAAACACAGCUCCAGUCUUUCAGUCAGUAUGUUGAAAACAGACCAGAGGUAAAAAAGCAAAGAUCUGUACAAGAAGAUUCAAAGAAAGCAAAUGAGGAGAGGGUGCCAAUAACUGAAACUGAGCGAAAGCCGUCUGAAGAUGAAAAAGCGUUCAAAGACACCAGUCAGUAUGUAGUUGGAGAAUUGGCAGCACUGGAGAGUGAGCAAAAGCAAAUUGACACCCGGGCCGCGCUGGUGGAGAAGCGCCUCCGCUAUCUCAUGGACACAGGCAACAAUAAAGAGGAGGAAGAUGCCAUGAUGCAGGAAUGGUUUAUGUUGGUAAACAAAAAAAAUGCUUUGAUCCGAAGACAGAAUCAGCUUUCUCUCCUGGAAAAGGAACAUGAUCUUGAGAGACGGUUUGAGCUGCUGAACCGGGAGUUGAGAGCGAUGCUUGCAAUCGAAGAUUGGCAAAAAACUGAGGCUCAAAAGAGACGAGAGCAGCUUCUGCUGGAUGAGCUUGUUAUUCUGGUUAACAAGCGAGAUGCACUGGUCAGGGAUUUAGAUGCCCAAGAAAAACAGGCAGAAGAGGAGGAUGAGCAUUUGGAAAGAACUCUGGAACAGAACAAAGGCAAAAUGGCAAAAAAAGAAGAGAAGUGUGUCAUUCAGUAAUUACCAACUCUGCAAAACCAAUGCCGUCGCUGGUCUUUAUUAUCGUGACUAUUGAAAGAUUUGAAUCAAGUUUGUGAACCUAGGCAAUAGAAGUUUGGUUCUGCAUCAUGUAACAUGUUCUGUCAAUAGUUUUAAAUGACCCCUUGUAUGCAUUACACCUGUUACUAGUGAGUUCCAGGGGGGGUUAUUUAACAACAAAUGUGGUACUUUGAAUGUACAUUCAGUCAUAAAAACUCAAUUGAAAUGUAUGUGGUCAUAUAGAAAAUUGGUCGAAUUGAUUGUGUAUCCGGGAUAAUAAGUAAUUAUUAUAUGUGGUCAAGACAUAGAUUGAGGAGCUGAAGAACAUGUCAUAAAUAAAAGGAAAUAUAUCUUUUUUUAUUUAUUUAUUUUUUAUAUAAAGUCACAACAUUCAAUGUUAAUUUUUAUUUUUAUUUUUUUUGCAUGAGUAUUUUUUACCCCAUAUAAAAUAAGAAUUGUUGUUAUAUUUAAAAUCCUUAGAAUUGUUUUAACUUCCUUGCUGUAAUUAUUAAAAGUUUACAGCUAUUAAAACACUGCAAACCAAACAUGCAACGGCCAUGUCGUAUGUGAUUACCAAUGCUGGCGUGAACUAUGGGGGUUGAGAAACUUGCAAAGGUUUUCUUUAAAUUACAAUAAAAAGGACAUAAUGUCGAAAAUAAUAAUUUAUUACAGUGUUUCCUUACUUGAUAUACAUGUAAAAUAAUUGUAACAUCUUUAUCGUGUACAUUUGGUUAAGGACUUUUGUUAAUAUUUAUUGUAUACUAAAAAAAAAAAAAAAAAAAAAAAAAAAAAAUAUUGUGCAAAUAUAAUUGGCAAAAGUUUUACAUCUGGUGCAGCUGUAUUUGUGUGGAAACAUCUGUUUAUUUAUUCCAGUGUCAUAUAAUGAGUCCUUAAUAAAAUCGAAAUGUUUUCA